AUGGCAGACUAUUUCCCGGAAUAUUUGUUUACAUUUGUUGAUCAGCUUGAUGAGCACCCGUGGCUUUUCGCUGGUCUUGCAUCAGUUUUAGUUGGUUUAAGUGGUAUAUUACCGUUGCUCAUCAUCCCUUUGGACUCGACAGACACCUUCAACGAUGGACCUGGUGCAGCCACUUUAAGGAUACUGUUGAGCUUCGCAGUAGGAGGUCUUUUGGGUGAUGUUUUCUUACAUCUGCUACCGGAAUCGUGGGAGAACGACAUUAGAAAUACUAAACCUGGUGAACACGUUUCCCUAAAAAGUGGACUUUGGUGUCUCUUCGGCAUGCUAGUCUUCAUCGUGGUGGAGAAACUUUUCGCGACUACUGAAGAGAAGGAGGAAGAACCAGACACCAAAGAACACGUCAAGCAGAACGGUCACAUCAAACAGAUCGAGAUAGAAGAGAUAGAGAAGCUUCUACGAGUGGAGAGAAAACAGAGGGGGAAGAAUAAAGGAGAGGGGAUAUGUAAUACGAAUGGUGACGUCAGCGCGAAGGAUCAGUACGAUACUUGUUUGUUUAACAAUAAUACUAAGGGUGUAUGCUGCAAUACGAUGGUAAACCAGAACGGUACAGCCCGUUGUAGCAAUAAAGGCAACCGCUGGAUGGGACGCUGUCUAUUAAGAGAAGUGAGGGAGAAGGCGCUGCAGAAGUCCAAGCAGAAGAAUGAGAAGAAAAAUGUGGCCGGCUACCUCAACUUGAUGGCCAAUUCCAUUGACAACUUCACACAUGGACUGGCGGUGGGCGGUUCGUUCCUCGUCGGCUUCAGGGUCGGUCUGCUCACCACUUUCGCUAUAUUAGUGCACGAGAUUCCACACGAGGUUGGGGACUUCGCCAUAUUACUCAAAAGUGGUUUCUCCAGGUGGGAGGCUGGUAAAGCACAGCUGGCGACGGCGGCGGCCGGUCUGAUCGGUGCCAUGACAGCGGUUAUAUUCAGUGGUGCAAGGAAUUCUAUCGAGGCGAAAACAUCCUGGAUAGUUCCGUUCACUGCGGGCGGGUUCCUGCACAUCGCGCUGGUGACCGUCCUGCCAGACCUGCUGCGGGAGCCGGACCGCACGCAGUCACUCAAACACCUCGCCGCGCUCUGCUCCGGGAUCGCCAUCAUGGCCAUCAUGACUCACUACUUCGGGUAG